ACAGCGGAAAGUCCUGGUUCGGCCUUGGGUUCCGCCGUAGGGGAUGUCCCGUGCGAGUGAGUGAGGAAAUCUUGGGGCCUGAUCUACCAGCAGAAUCAGGCGAAGAGACACCGGCGACGGCUGGAAGGAGGAACCGCGAACCCUAAAGAAAAGAGCGAGCGGGCAGGCAGCUGUAGGGCAGAACCGGAGUGUGCUCGGUCCCUAGAGGCCGGUCCUGGUCGGCGCCGCUAUGGAGGCCAUGGUGCAGACAGAGCUCAGGGCGAUCCCCAGAUGAGGGAGCGGCCCCGCCGGAGAUCCCACCACAGUAAAACCGGGUAGAUGCUGGGUGGGGAAGAAAGGAUGCUGCCCGCACUGCUUCCCGGUAACAACCUGAGAGGCCGCAGUUGCAGCAACAGCAACAGAAAGCACAACGCCGGCCGAGGAGGCGGCUCGAGCUUUUGGUAAAGUCACCAACAGCUCUUUCUCAGUAGUAUGCGAGUUGACAAAACAGCCAGAGAACAGGGCUCCCCAUUACAAUCUCCUUCGAGGUCUUUUCCCUUGCUAUCCGGAGCUAAUUUAUGCGAAAACAUGCCUUGCACUUGCACCUGGAGGAACUGGAGACAGUGGAUUCGACCUUUAGCAAUGGUCAUCUACCUGGUGUCCGCAGUAGUUGCGGUUGUCGUAUGCGUGUGGGAAUUACAGAAACUGAAGGUUGGAAUACACACCAAGGCUUGGUUUAUUGCUGGAAUUUUUGUGCUGUUGACUAUACCUGUAUCGCUGUGGGUGAUGUUGCAACACUUAGUACAUUAUACACAACCCGAACUACAAAAACCAAUAAUAAGGAUUCUUUGGAUGGUACCCAUAUACAGUUUAGAUAGUUGGAUAGCUUUGAAAAAUCCGAGCAUUGCAAUAUAUGUGGAUACCUGCAGAGAAUGCUAUGAAGCUUAUGUCAUUUACAACUUUAUGGGAUUCCUGACCAAUUAUCUAACUAACCGGUAUCCAAAUCUGAUACUAAUACUUGAAGCCAAAGAUCAGCAGAAACAUUUCCCUCCUUUAUGUUGCUGUCCACCAUGGGCUAUGGGAGAAGUAUUGCUGUUUAGGUGCAAACUAGGUGUACUGCAGUAUACAGUUGUCAGACCACUCACCACCAUUGUUGCUUUAAUCUGUGAGCUGCUUGGUAUGUAUGAUGAAGGGAACUUUAACUUUUUAAAUGCUUGGACUUACUUGGUUAUAAUAAACAAUAUGUCACAGUUGUUUGCCAUGUAUUGUCUCCUGCUAUUUUAUAAAGUUUUAAAAGAAGAACUGAGUCCAAUCCAACCUCUUGGCAAAUUUCUUUGUGUAAAGCUGGUGGUUUUUGUUUCUUUUUGGCAAGCAGUAGUUAUUGCUUUGUUGGUAAAAGUUGGCGUUAUUUCUGAAAAGCGUACAUGGGAAUGGCAAACUGUAGAAGCUGUGGCUACAGGACUCCAGGACUUUAUAAUCUGUAUUGAGAUGCUCCUUGCUGCUAUUGCUCAUCACUACACUUUCUCAUACAAACCAUAUGUCCAAGAAGCAGAAGAAGGCUCAUGUUUUGAUUCCUUUCUUGCCAUGUGGGAUGUUUCAGAUAUUAGAGAUGAUAUUUCUGAACAAGUAAGGCAUGUUGGACGGACAGUCAGGGGACAUCCUAGGAAAAAAUUGUUUCCUGAGGAUCAAGAUCAAAAUGAACAUACAAGCUUGUUAUCAUCAUCAUCACAAGAUGCAAUUUCCAUUGCCUCUUCUGUGCCACCUUCACCCGUGGGUCACUACCAAGGGUUUGGACACACUGUGACUCCCCAGACUACACCUACUGCAGCUAAGAUAUCUGAUGAAAUAUUUAAUGAUACUACAGGAGAAAAAAAAGAAGCUUCGGAUAAAUCCGUGGACUCAUGAACAGCGUGCAAAAGCAAACUGUGCUACUACCGUAUUAUAUUAUUACCUGGUAUCCUAUGGCUCAGGAUUUUGUGUGUGGGACAAACCAUAAAUUAUGGAAAAUUUUAACACAAAAAUAGGUGAAAACCAGGUACGAUGACUGGGUUUAUAUAUGUAAGUUUUGUAUAUCAAAAAUAAUCAGUCUAAAUUUCCUAGGCUUAGACUUGAUUUCUUAACAUUAGAGUAUCACAUACUCAAAUGGUAGAAAAUGACUUCAACUAAAUGAUGCUGAUGUUACACUGCUUUAUCAAGAGGAUGGACAUUAAAAAAAAAUCAGUACUUCCUGCCACUGCUGCAUGAAUAUUAUGCUCUAGAAUUAACAGAAAGCAUAAUACAGAAAUAUGAAUUAAUGGAACUUAAUCAUAAUCAUGUGCCAUACAAACUUACCUAACAAUUAUUUCUCUACUUCUCAGCUGGAUGUCUUUCAAUAAAUAAGAAUUUAUCAUUUA